UGCCCAAACACUUGAAUGAUUGAAUAUAGCCCCAUCUUAGAUCCAAGUUGUUUUUGUUUAAAUUUCAAUCCAAUCCAUUGUCAAACUCAAGUGUAUUGCUGAAUAAAUUUUACGCAGUUUUUGAAGCAUUAUUUUCAUGCGUGUAGUACAGUUAUUUCAAGUGUUCUGUACAUUAGAUUUGCCCCACUGUUUUGACAGAUCGAAAAUGAAGAGACAAACACUUGAAAUUGAUUUUGUUUUGAUUUGAUGGGUCAAAGUGACAGCCGCCAACGAAGGAUGUGCUUUUAGACGACAAAAUGGAGGACGGGAGUUUGGACGAAUCAUCGUGCUUAUUUGAUUCGUUCCGAUUUCCGCUUUAUAUAAAGAAUCUUCUAAUCGUAUUUCGAGCACACCCGAACAACAUCCCGUCCGUUCUUCAAUUACUGGUCAGUUUCAAUUUGGCCUCAAUUUCGACGGAAGACGAUACGACUGUUGUCCAGUACAAGCAUUUCAACGAGCUGGGACCAUUUUUGGCAAGUUUUCAGAGCAACCAGACGAGCAGCGGGACGAGACGAUCCAAGAAGUCCACCAAUCCUUCUGCAAACCAGAACCGGAGUCGGCGAUCGACAUCGACCAAAGUGCUUCAUCUUGUCCGGAUAAUUCAUCCAUGGAUUCCAACAUCAUCGCUCGCUGGCCGCUCCCAUCAGGCUUGGAGAAGGAGGACGUUAAAGGAGUUGAUGUUCAAGGCAAUGUUUCUAUUGCUCAACCGUCAGGAUAGCACGCCGCUUCUUCCACUACCGUGCUGACGGCCAUUCCUUCUGCUGCCGGCACUUCACCGGCCGUAUCGCUGGCCACUGG